CUGAAACCUUCCAAGUUACAGCCUUUCGAAAAAUUAUGCUGCAAUCUCGAUUUUUGUGAAUAUUCUAAAGCAGUUGGUAUUUUUACAAGAACAAUAAACACUUCAAAACGAGAGCUAUUAUUGGGAGCUCGUCCGCAUUGGAUGCUAAGUGUAAUGGUGGUUAUUAUUCACUGGAGAGGUGUGUGCUGCAAGGCCUGAAUAUAACCCCAUCGGUUAAGUUUCCAGUUCACGAAAACUAUGAGCUACAGAGUUGCACGGUAGAUUACCUUUCACCUCAGGUUAUGGAUCAAAUGAAGUGGAUUGGGACGCUCACUAUCCAGGACGGGAAUAUUAGCAAAAUUUUCCUCAAAUCGGAUUUGACGGUGCUUAGUGCUGCAAACAGCAGAACGACUGAAGUGGUGAUUAGUGGCACGGAAGAAAACGAUCGGCUCAGUGAGCUAUCCAUCACUUCAAAUCUUUUAACAUCGGUUCCCAAAAAUUUAGCGAAAUUGAAAAGUCUAUCCAUACUAAUUCUCGAUGGAAAUAUGAUUGAAUAUGCAAACUUCAGCGAAUUUAACGGACUUAGUAAUCUCAAAAAGCUCAGCUUGUCCAAUAAUCGAUUGUAUAUCUUGAUGGAUAAUCAAGAUGUUAAAUUGCAUCGGUUAAAAAGUUUAGACUUAUCACGUAACUAUUUAACGGAACUAGAUAUGAUCAAUUGGGAAAUGCCUUUGCUGCAAACAUUGAAUAUACGUGAUAAUCAUCUAACUUUUCUAAUGAAUUUCGACCUAGAUAACUUUCCAUCGCUGAUAAGUUUUGAUCUGUACGGAAACCUAUGGGAUUGUCGUUGGCGUGACAGCUUUGCUCCAGUUCUAGACACCAUUAAUAUCAAAUCACAAGGAUAUAGAGCUCAAACUUCAAUCGAAUGUACGAAAAUGACACAGUUAAGUGAAGCAGCAUAUCGGAAACUUAACAUCACAACUAUUAAAAAGUUCCAAUUCACAUUAAACAAUGUAGAACAGCUGGAAACACAAAUCGGAAGUCUAGUUAUGGAUGUGACAACACACGCAACUAACAUAGAGGCACUGAAGGAAUUACUGAAUUCACAACAGAAAACAAUUUCCGAAUUGCUCGAAAAGACGCUCGAUCAGCAGAAAUCAAUCGAAGAAAUGUUGGGAAAAAUUCAGGAACUUGAGCUCAAUGCUGAACGUUCAUAUUCGCCAUUUGUUGGUGUUGUACCCAAGGGAUUGGCUGCUAAAUUGAUUUCGGAAAUUUCGGAUGUUAUUCGCAAACAUCUUCCCAGUGAUGACGGAACUAACACGGGAUCAGUUAACUGAGGUUGGCUAUCAAAUAUAGUUGAAACAAUCGGAACGAUUUUAUACUUUGAUUGAAAAUGUUGCAACGGUCUAUCAGUAAUCCGAAUUCUACUAGACUAAAU